GCUCCCAUCUAUUCUUAGGUGAUAGCAGAGCCGACUGAGCAGUGCCUUGUUGUUGCCUUGUGAAAGAGGUACAAAAUGGCUUACAGUGUGACUCUGAAUGGACCUGGACCCUGGGGCUUCCGACUGCAAGGGGGCAAGGACUUCAACAUGCCCUUGACGAUCUCCAGAAUCACCCCUGGCAGCAAGGCAGCACAGUCACAGAUGAGCCAAGGGGACCUUGUGGUAGCCAUUGACGGAGUCAACGCUGACAGCAUGACCCAUUUAGAGGCCCAGAACAAGAUCAAGUCAGCCACCCACAACUUGAGCCUCACCCUUCAGAAAUCUAAACGUCCAGCGCCGGUUUCAGCCACAGCUCCCAGAAUUGACUCUCCCAGGGUUGUAAUUCCCCACCAGAAGGUCAUAACCAACACUGCUGCCAACACGGAGCCCGCGGACCGUUUCAACCCCAAUGUCCUGAAGGACUCUGCCCUGUCUACGCACAAACCCAUUGAGGUGAAAGGCCUGGGCGGCAAGGCUACUAUAAUUCACGCCCAGUAUAACACCCCGAUCAGCAUGUAUUCCCAAGAUGCUAUCAUGGAUGCAAUUGCAGGCCAGGCACAAGCCCAGGGUGGAGAAUUUGCUGGUACCCUUCCUAUUAAAGACCCUCACAUAGACAGUGCCUCCCCGGUCUAUCAGGCUGUGCUUAAAACUCAGAACAAGCCUGAGGAUGAAUCUGAAGACUGGAGCCGCCGCUCUGCCAACCUGCAGUCUCGGUCUUUCCGCAUCCUUGCCCAGAUGACUGGAACGGAGUACAUGCAAGAUCCGGAUGAAGAAGCCCUGAGGAGGUCAAGGGAAAGAUUUGAAACGGAACGUAACAGCCCACGCUUUGCCAAAUUGCGCAACUGGCAUCACGGCCUGUCCGCGCAAAUCCUUAAUGUUAAAAGUUAA